AAAGCCUUCCCGCACAUUGUCACACCUCUCGUGAGCCUCGUUGGAUGCCUAUGUUCAUUCAAACAGCGAACAAAACCAAAACCAAAACUCUACUUCUGCUUACUUUGAAGAGCCUCAUUACAAAACCUAGCUCGCCCCCCCCUCGAUCGUUUCUUGUCCAAAAAAUCUGCAUUUAAAUUUAUUUCUACGCAGCUAAAAAUAAACCAGACCCUCCUACACCUUAAUCUCAGCACACAUCUUCGCGACCGCCCUCUUCAAAACAUGUUGCGUCUUUUCGCACUCUCCCAGAUUGUUUCCUUCACGGGGGAAGCCGAAGCUUUUACUGCACAUGUGCAAUCCCAUCAGAAACGCGGUCGUGAGGUGAAGAACCGGGGCAAGAAAUCUUCCCGGACCAAGGCCACUUCAUCUCAGACUACUGCCGAGGUGAAGAGCGAAAAUUCUGCUACAAAGGCGGGUGAGGCCGCUGCGCCGCACGACCGGGGGAACCGCGGUCCUCGCCGGGGUGGUGGUGCGACGGAGAAAAAUUCCCACCCCCGUGAUCAUGUCCGCUCGGGCGCCGGUGUCACAGCACCCAGUUCAUCAUCUUCUUCCCACGACGUCGACGUCCCCGCGGAGUCCACGCCCAGCGCUACUAGUACCUCCGCCACAAGCACGCUCGAAGUCGUGAAGGAGGAGGAAACUACUUCCGGUGCGCAGCAGGAAAUGAAGUUUGUUGUGUUGUGAAUGAGAAGCUACCCGAACGAGGGUCGAGGUCAGAAAAAUCUUCAAAAUGUAGAGGUAGUUUAAGUUUUCCAAAAACAAAACGAUGUCGAAGUCAGGCUUGCUGGUGCUUUUCUUGACCUUUGCUGCCUUUUUCCAUUUUUCCUUUGUCGCGUAUCCCGUGUCAGGAUAAGGAGGAACGGUAGAUGUAGAAGUCGAAAGGCUGAUGUUUCGCUACUCGUACUGCUCGCGUGGCACGUCUAUCUUGUAGCAGAAGCAUCUUGAUGAGGAACAAGAAAUAGUGGCGAGCUGGCUUGUGCGACCUAUUCAUUUUUGAACAACGCAGAACAAAAUCAAAAACCCCGCCGUGCGUGACCAAUAAAAAGAGAUUGACCCCAACAUCGUCAUCAAGCCUUUACAUGAACCGCAUCGAGUUGGACUCAGCACUUCCUGC